AAUCCUGAUAGUAAAUUUGCUCUUUGCCUGUAUGUAAAACCGUGCUUCUAAUAAAGAAGUCUGACCACAAGGAACAGAAGAAGAAGAAUUUAUAUUUGCUGUUGGAGACAUAAAACAGAAUCCCCGAAUGAUUCACUCUUAAAAAUUUUGAAUGAGCUAAAAACAAAGAGUUGACCGGGACAAACAUGGCCCAUCAGCAGAAUGAAUGCGACGUAUCAAAAGUUAUUCCCCAAGUAAACACAGAUAAUGAAAGACAAAAUGAAGAAUAUCAACGGAAAAUAAAACGAGUUCUGCACUUUUCUGAUGGAGAUCUCGUAGAAUACGAUACCAACGAAGUCCAUGGCUUUAAGGAGGGGGUUCAGACCGAAUUAGUGGAUCCAAACACUCUCCAGUGGCUUCCCUGGAUUUGGCAUCAGACAACGUGGUUCAGUUUUAAACUCCUACAGGGUUGUGACUACGUUGGAGAAGCCUUGGCAGAUUUCUUCGGAAUAACAUCUCCAAAAUACCAGUUUGCAAUCAAUGAAUAUCACAGGCAGCAGAGAAUUCUUAUUGCAGAGAGCGAAAAAGAGCAGUUACAGAUGGGCGGGUGGACCGUGCAACAAGGGCACGAUCUCAUCAACAUCAGCCAGCCUGCAACGAAACUAUAAUAUUGAUUCAAAAAAUCCCUUAACUCCAACAAUCCCUUAAGAAAAAGAGGGAUAAAAUGCUCGGGGCAAUGAGGAAAAUCUUUAUGUAGUUCGUGUAAUUCUAGAGGAUAUUCCAAAUCAACUUCGAGGAUGUAGCCAACCGGAGAAUCAUCAGGAACAUUCAAAACAUCUACAGAACUGCUAUCAACCCAUGAAAAUGAAUCAUAGGGUAAACUAAUACUCCUCGCAGCACCAUAUAUAUUGUUCACAUCGUAGUACAUUAAAUAUGAUGUUCCGGUUGUUGGAUCAUAAGACGCACCCAUGAAUGGAUUAUUGGCGUGAGCAUAUCUAUUCGCACAUUGAGAUACGCCACCUCUGAUACCUUUCUCAAUGAAUAGUAUCAUUUCAGAAUCAGUGAAAAGCUCUAAAUUCACUUCUGUGUAUUUCAACAUUGCAUCGAAAGCUAAUCCUGGUGCUGUGUAAUAAUACAAUGGGUCCAGUUCAUACGUAGAAGAGCAGCUACGGCGAAAAUUUUCAAAUAUAUCAGCUGACAAUAAGACAUCAACAUCUUAAGACAUCAGUCUGAAGAUAAAGAUCUCAAUAUUCUCCCAGCGUCUUGAUAUGAAACUCAUUCCAGACGUUUAUAGCGUGUUGAUAAUCUUCAUCAGAUACAUACACAUCCGUCAACUUGGAAUAAAAUUCUACUUUUUCUGGUAA